GUUGUCCCAGAAUGUAAAGAAAGGAGAAGACUUUUAGAAGUAACCUUGUCUGAAGAUGAACAACGAAGAUGAACAAUCUUUCAAAUGACUUGGUGGAGGAGAUUCUCUCUAGGAUUCGGACGACAUCUCUGAGGAAAAUCCGAUCUACUUGCAAAAAGUGGAACACUUUAUCCAAAGGUGAGACCUUUACAAAGAAACACCUUACUCAAUCUGCAUCAACAUCUAGCAAAUGUGAGAUCUUGGCGAUCGUAUUGAUUAACCGCAGUCUUCGUUUGAUCAGCAUCAAUCUCAGUGACUUUGAUCAUCCAUCUACAAGGCUAGCAGGUACUCUCAUCAGCCUAAACGAUUCAGACAAACUCGAUGUCACUCAAGUAUACAACUGCGAGGGUUUACUGUUAUGCGUCACGGAAGACUACACAAGGCUCGUGCUUUGGAACCCUUAUACAGGAGAAAAUAGGUGGAUAUGCGUUGACCCUAAGUCCGUUGACCAUAGCAAGUAUGCUCAUGCUCUCGGAUUCGAAGAGGGCAACUCGUGCCGUGCCCAUAAAGUCUUGAGAUUUGCUCAUCAUGAUGUGCAUGAGAUAUACUAUGUAAACUCUGAUUCUUGGAGGGUUCUUGAUGUUGAUCCAGACUGGAAGAUGGAUGUGGAUGGUGAGUCUAAUAACUAUGGCGUGUCUUUGAAGGGAAAUGCCUACUGGUUUGCUCGAGAUAAGGAAGAAGGAGGGAACGUUCCCGGUUUUUUACUCUGUUUUGAUUUCAAAACAGAGAGAUUUGCUCCGCGUUUGCCUCUGCCUUUUGAGUCUUACUUUGAAGAUGAGGUGACUCUAUCUAGUGUUGGAGAAGAGCAGCUUGCUGUUUUGUUUCAGAACUUGCAUACGUAUGAGAUGGAGGUAUGGGUUACGACCAAGAUUGAGCCCGACGGUGUGUCGUGGAGAAAGUUCUUAUCGGUGGAUAUGUCAUCACUCACUUGGUUUCAGUUCUUUACUGGUGGGAGCUUUGUUAUUGAUGAGGAGAAGAGACUUGUAGUUGUUUUUGAUGGAGAUAAAAAUGUAUCCGAAACAAGUCGUAACACAGCUUACUUCAUUGGAGAAAAUGAUUACUUUAAGGAAGUUGAUCUCGGAGAAGUUACUACAUGUGAAGUGUUCCCUCAUGCCUUCUCUUAUGUUCCAAGUUCAGUCCAGAUCAAUCAAACUGCAUGAGAACCACAUGACAUCUUCAUCAUUCCCUUUACAAUACCUUAUAAGUUUAUUUCCUUAGCACAUCGUUUUUGUUGUUUGAUUUCUGUUUUUGAACAUGAUUUCUUGUAAUUUUCUUGUAAUUUUAAGUUUAUUUGUAAUUUUAUUUUAUUAUUUCAAAUAAAUUUGUUAUCAGUUUGCUGGGUUUUAAGCAA